AUGAAGAAAGAGCAAAAACUGCUGGGUGAAGAUGCUCUCCCGUUAGAGGACUUUUUGGAUGUGGUGAAGAGGGUGUUGAAGAGGUGUAAGAGUCCAGAGCAGUGCCUGCUCAAGCUGGAAACUUUCUACGGAGAGGCAUGCAAUCCUACGUAUAAAGUAUCACAGAUCAGAGACUCACAAACUCUGAUACGUGUGUAUGCCUUGGAUCCUGUCAAUCUACAACGAGAAGUCGAUUCUAUGCCCAAGCUGACACUGAGUAAUUGGUAUGGCGACCUCACGACAAUGAAACAACAACUGACCACGAACACGUACAGGGUCAACCCUGACUCCUUUGAUACACCUGAGCUGUAUUUCGAAUGGAGAAAUAUACAGAUCUCCGAGAUAAACGGACUCAUGAAGGGGAAGGCAAUGGGAGGAGGUGUAAUACCACAGGAUCCGGAGAUGGCACUACAAGAUUUGAUAAAGCAUAUGUUUACAAACGAUACGCUAUACGGCGGUUUCCCAUUGGUUGAGAAAUGUUGCAAAUAUUGGAGAAUUGACCAGAACUCGAGAAACGUAAUUUUGCACAAAGUUGCCAAUGAAACUGUUUUAAAAUCGGAUUUCUACAGCACGGAACUUUCAGAGAAGAUCUUUACAAUCUGCUCAGACGUGGACCCUCUAUGGACCAAACAUAACAAGUCAGAAAAUGAUGCGAACUGGGAUGAAUCUCUCAAUAGGCUAAUGAUGGAAUUGCGUUCGACAUUGCAAGACAUCUUCACCUUCCCCAAGUUCUCCCCGUUACUUCAGAUAUACUACUCAUUCUUUCAAGAGAUUCCAUCUCCCAGAUGGAUGAAAAGACUGAAAAACACACUGUUAUCGACCACGGAGAAGAAAUACGUUGAAUUUUUACAAUCAGUACCAAGAGACAAUUCCCUCUCGUUUAAUCAUAUUGAAGACGUCUCAUAUAAAAUUUACGAAAUGGUUCGAACUUUGCAGAAGAGGUACCCUAAACCUUUGUUAGACCAGAUAAAUAUUCCAAGGGAAUGUGCAUUGCUCUUCAUACGAUUCUUUGGUGAGGAUACUAAGAACAUGUUGAAACAUAUUGAACAUUAUGCACUGAAGUCACCAGUGAAUAACGUCGAAGCCAUGGACUGCUACAGUCAGUUGAACCAAUUGAGGGACGUCUAUUCUCAAAUCUCAAAAGACCCAUUUCCAAUUGAGUUGGAGAAACGAUUCUUCCAAUACUUUGACGAAUUUACAGAUGAUAUAGGAGAAAAUUUCAUUCCUGUUACAGAAAGAGCCAUCGAAGCGGAUAAUUUCCAACCAAUGGAUCGUGAUGCUGGAAGAAUGUUCAGCCAAAGUGCACUGGAUGUUAAGAAGAUGGUAAAUGAAAUGUGGUCCCUAGUUCAGAAGUACCAUUGGAAGAACGAUAUUCAACUGGCAUACGUCUACACAAAGUUGCUGAAGCACUUCUCCCAGUCAAUCAGUACAUACUGUUUUACUCUUAUCAGCAAAGUUGAACAUGACUUACGUGAUCCAGUCACUGUUGAAGAUAAGAGGAAAUCACUCUGGAUUUUCAAAAAUAAUACCCAGGUUCCACAACCUUUUAACUUCAAGACUGAGACCUGUGUUGUGUUGAAUGAUUUAUCGGAGUUAGUCCAUCAACUUGUUCAACUGGAAAUGACCAUAAAUCCAGAGCAAGUCAGGCGUAUCUUGCACGAUACACUUGAGAACGUUGCACAGAAGAAAGGAAGCUCUGUUUUCACCAUACGAGUCAUUGAUGCAGAAAACAUUAAAUCAUCAGAUGCCAAUUCCAGCACAUAUGUCAGCAUAAAUAACACAUCGACAAAAAUGGAAAUUGGAAGUACUACAUUAUCGACCAAUACUAUUAACCCAAGGUUUGAUCAGAUCUUUGAACUUGAGACUCACGAAGAAGUUAAACUAUCAUUCUCACUUUGGGAGAAGUCUUCAUCUCAGUAUGAUAAGAUGAUUGGACGUGCAUUGGUCUUCCUGAAUCCAGAAAGGUUCAGUCCAAACGGUGAGCCAGUAUCUAUGACCAAAGAUUUUGAUAUCCAAGGUUCAUUGAACCUGGAGAUAUCUCUAGAAUCUGAGAAGAACGAUGCAAUUUUUUACAUGGGAAAGGCACACAGAACAAUCUUAAGAUCCGUUGAUAUGGUUAUCUCUAAAAUUGUUGACAAGUUUUCUGUCUUUAUCACACAGUGCUUGUCAAGGGAUACCUUGAAGCUAUGCUCUUCUGCUGAUCCCGCAUCUGCGUAUAACGCACUUGAGCCGUUAUACGAUUAUCUUAAUGCAAACCUACAAACGUUGGCCAUGACCCUUACUCCGGAGUUGUUAAUCAAAGUUAUGCUCCAAUCAUGGAACAUUGUUCUUGACACACUCGAUUCAUUGGCUUUACCUCCUUUGAGCGCAUCCAGGAAACUUCAACUCAACAACAAAUGGACAUUCACUGUUAUUGAUCGAGGCAUACCGGGCUAUGGUAAAGUGUUGACAUUGGACGAAAUCAAAGUUAUUCAACUAUGGCUAGAUUCCCUGGUGGAAUUUUUCCACAACAAUGGGAAUGGGCCUCCUCUUACUGUUAUGCACAACAAGCAUUACAAGAAACUACACCAAAUUGUCGAAUAUUACGACAUGUCAGCAACAAGGCUCAAGAACCUCGUUGAUGAAUGGACACCUGCCUGUAUCAGUGCCAUAAAGGAACGCAACGUCAUGUUAGAUGAUCCCUUCAAGAGAUCCGGUACCAUUGUUGCAUUCGGAUCAAAAAAGAGAAGAGAACAGAGCACACCCAAAUCACAAAGCUCACAAUUGGACCUCGAGGAUGCUGUUUUGAGAAUUCUCAUCUGUAAAGAUGAAAGGGAUUUCGUACACAGCAGACUGAAAGAACGCGCAAGGGUCCUGAACAGUGUAGCGACGGAACGCUUAGCGAAGUUAGCAAUGAGAAAACAGUGA